UGUAACGGAAAGAGAACGAUGAAAAUCCUUCCACAGCCUUUUUUGUUGGACAGUUUUUUUAUUUAUUUGUUUCUUCUCCCUGUCAUAUAUUUUAACUUUGUUAAGAUCUCGUUUGAGCUUUUAUUAUGUGAUUUUGGUUAAAAACUUAUCUUUUUCUUACCUAAUUUUUUAUUGCAUGUUGCCGGACUAUUGACAGUGAGGUCGUGUUUGACUAAGCUCAAGGUCACGGCGUAAUUCAGUGUGACUGUUAACCUUUUGACUGUCUGCGUGGGAGGAUUUCUGGAAUCCUUGCAGAUCAUGUUUGUUGGGAAUAUAUUUGUUAAUUCUCAGGACGAAGUUGCUACAAUCCCAUAAUGUUAGGAGGCUCAAGUAGCAGUUGCAAUAACGAAAUCACUCCUCAGCGACCCGUUGGUCCAGAUUCAGAAUCCGUCGAUCUUCUAUGUGGCAUUAAAAAACCUGUUAUACACAAUAUGGUUUCUACUGUGGAUUUAGGAUGUCCUAUUGAAUUACGUAAAUUGGUACUUCAUGUCCGUAGUGCGGAAUACAAUCCACGCAGAUUUCCUGGCGUUGUCAUGCGUCUGCGUGAACCUCGUGUCACUUGUUUAGUGUUUGGAACAGGUCGCAUGGUGUGUACUGGAGCACGUUCUGAAUCAGAUGCAAAUUUAGGUUCUCGGAAAUGUGCUCGCAUACUGCAAAGACUUGGGUUUGAUGUAAAAUUCAUGAACUUUACUAUUCAAAAUAUGGUUGGUCUGGCUGAUCUGAGAUUUCCGAUACGUCUGGAAGGUGUACAGUUGGCCAACGAACAGAUGACACAAUAUGAACCGGAAAUAUUUCCAGCUUUAAUUUAUCGUAUAAUAAAACCCCGUUUAGUGAUGCUUAUUUUUGUAAAUGGAAAGAUUGUUAUGACAGAUGAUGCAGAUCCGUUUACUUUUUAUCUCUCUCCAUAUUACGAAGUGUAGUAAUUCCUUCAUGCAUAAAUUCCCAUUCUAUCUUUUUGAACCAUAUUCUGAAUGUUUAGUCUUUGUAAUUAUCAUUGCUACUACAUUAUAUCGAUACCUUUUGCUAUUCGCUUUUUUAAUCUAAUCAUAUCAUGUGGUACGGCACUUUGGCCUAGUGCAAGUUUGUGCCAGGCUGUAAUUUGAUGACUGAUUGUAAGCACUCUGCAUUCUCCAUACAUCAUACUCUGAACAGAUGUUGUGUUAUACGUUUACUUGGAAAUGAUAUUUGCAUAAAAUCUACAAUCCCAAAGCUGCUAUCAACAGGACCCUUUAAUAUAAAACUACCAAUCUUUUAUGUGAAGGAUAUAGAUAUUGUUGUCGGUUGACAAGCCCUAGUAAAGGAUAGAUGGCAAAAAUCUGUACAUGAUGUUUGUUCAUUGAAUCCUUUUUUAUAAGCGUUUAAAUGGGAAUCCUUCGCUUUACUAAAAAAAUUAGAAAAGUAGAUACAAAAAUAGAGGAUCAUUGGCAGUAGUGCAAAAUAAAAGAUGGAUUACUGAGAUUAAUUUCCAGCUGUGUCAUUGAAUAAUACCUAAGGUCAUUGCUCAGCAACGCGGAUCUAUGACCCCACCACAGGGGGUUGAACCCAGAACCGAUCUGGUGCCCAAGUAUUUGACCUCUAGAACAAUGAGCCGAUAUCCAAUGGUGUACUUUUGUCGUAUUAAAAUAAAACAGCUGUCCAGUAGUCUAGCUAAAACCAGUUCAUGAUUUAAACUAUGAAAAUUUGAGGAUCUCUGUAAGCCACUAGUGAUUUUCUAAAUGUUAAUCUUUUUUCACUGUUUCACGUUGUUAGGUCCACCGAAAUAACGCAUCAGAGGUCGAUUAUAGAUUAAAGAUUAUCAUAACCUUUCGGAAUAUUUAUAUGCUAGUAUACAUUAAUAGUAAAUGGUACUAUAAUUAUCGGCCUAGCUACACUGUCAACUCUUCCCGCAGGCAAGAGUGCGAAUGACCAUUUCGUUAUGGCGGGACAAAUUAAAAUUGUAUCAUCUAAUAAGAGAACUAUUAAGUAAUAAUACAUAUGUGAUAUCCCAAUCGGCAGGAAUAUAAAUGCUCAAUUUAUUUUAAAUUACCAAGUUAAACCUUGGUAUUAGACCCUACGAAUAGAAUAAUUAGCCUAGGAUUACCCAGUGGAAUACAAAGAAUUAUUCAUUAGAAAAAUUAGCUACUCGUAAGUAAUUUAGUUAAUUUCAGAAGGGGUUUUGUGGAGAUUGUAAUAAUAAUAAACAACUGUCACAAAAUUAUUCUAACCGGCAAGUUUACAUAGAACUUUGAGUUGAUGUUAAACAUUUAUAACUCAAGAUGCAGAAUUUCCUUCAUAAGGAUGCUCAAUUAGCUUGUUCUGUUUAAAAACGACAUCAACUUCUUAUAAAAUACUCAUUGGUUACCUCGAUUGGAUUACAUCGGCGUUUCGCGAACUUGAGAUCUCUAUUUAGCUCAAAAUUCAUCUUUUAUAAUAUGGAGUGAUAAUUUCUGACAUUUUCACCAAGUAAUUUCAUCACAGUAAUACUUUUUUAUAUUAAUUUAUAGGUGCCAAAUCACGUGAACAUCUGUAUGAAGCAUUAAAUAAUGUUUAUCCUAUUUUAUACAAUUAUCGUAAAAUCAACUGACUAGUCAUUUGCAUAUAUGGAUAUUCUUUUGUAAUAUAUAUAAUACACGAUGUAAAUAAUUUCCUUUGACUAAUUUUUGUUCUUCACAUGCCACUAAUACUUACCGAUGGAGCAAACCAACACCACAGUAUUUCAUAAUAUUUAUUAGUAGACCUAGUUUUUAAAACGUUAUUACUCAACUGAUUUCAGUUCGCGAUGACAAUUCUUAUAAUUAC